GGAGGAGUCACAGAUGCAUUUCCGCUGUCACCGGCGCAGGAAUGGAUGAAGAUGCCGAGCAGGAGGGGUUGUCGGUCCUGAGAGGGAAGCCUGUCGGUGGCUGGGGGCUGCUACAGAUUGCGGGGGGCACUGGCCUGGCGGCCUACACUGUGUGGGCUUUAGUGUUAAUGCCCGGCUUCAGGAGAGUGCCCUUAAAGUUACAGGUGCCGUAUAUGCCAGCCAGCAGCAAGCAGGUAUCCAAUGUGAUGACUCUGUUGAAAGGACGUUCAGGGAAGAUGGUGGAUCUCGGCUCUGGGGACGGCAGAAUUGUGCUAGAGGCUGCAAAGCGAGGAUUCCACCCAGCACUGGGCUAUGAGUUGAACCCUUGGCUCGUGCGUCUCUCCUACAUCUACGCCUGGAGGGCUGCUUACCACUCCAGAGUGUCCUACAGACGUGAGGAUCUAUGGAAGGUCAAGCUAAAUGACUGCAGCAAUAUCUCCAUUUUCCUGGCACCAAGUGUGCUGUCGUUACUGGAGUCGAAGCUGCUGGCAGAAUUACCGGAUGAAGCGCGUGUGGUGGCCGGACGCUUUCCCCUCCCAACAUGGACUCCCAGUGCCGUUAUAGGAGAGGGUAUAGAUCGGGCGUGGGCUUAUGAUAUUCAGAGUGUAAGGGAAGCAGUGGGGGGCACACACAGGGGCAGUGACGUGUGAGAGGGUCACCAUUAUACUCCCAUUAGCAGUUACAUAGGAAGCUCUAAUAGAGAGGCAAUGUAUUGGCUUUGGGUCAGCACCUCAGCUGCUUCUGCUCUCCAGUUUUAUAUCUCUCUUCCUCUUCACAUAAACUGACGGAUACACAGAAUCGGCAGUUUUAGGGUUCAGCCAAAUACUGAAUUACAAAAUGUCUUCCAUUCACUGGUCCAGUUCUCACAUGAUAUCAAGGGUUCGGAUUUGGAUUGGGCCGGAUCCCGAAAUGAAUCCAGGACCCAGUGCUUCACUAAUUCCGGUUAGAAACGAGGCCGAAAUGUAUUUACGUUUUAUUUCCUCUCAUUCUGUGCAGCUGACAGAGAGAUUUUAAUUCUGUACAAAAUGGGGGUUUUACCCAAGAUAUUUAUUAUCAUUCAGAAAAUCUCUGUUAUAUUAUAUAUAUACAUUAAUAUUUGACUUUAUAUAUAUAUAUAUUAAUAUUGGAUUAUAUAUAGAUAGUUCUGUUUCUAUUUGGUUGUUUAUUUGCUCUGUCUGCAACUUCUGUCUAUCAAUAUAAACUGUAUCUGCUUUUA